CUCAAUAAAUAUUUAACAAUUAAAAAAAAAAGUAACUGUCCGACGCCAGGUUUCGGACCCCAUCCGACGCCGGAAUUCGGACCCCGUCCGACGUCGGAUUCCGAACCCCAUUCGACGCGGGUUUUCGGACGCCGUCCGACGCAUGAUCGCGGACCCCGUCCGACACGGGCGAGCGGACCGAGCACCUCCAUCUGACGGUGGGGAACGACGAUAUCCGGGGGAGGAGGACGAUCGAUGACGUUGGGGAACAACCGUGCUCGUCGGCAGCUCAGAGUCGUCAACGUUGAGGGCUUUGAGGCUGUGAGGUGAAGGAGGGGAGGGUUUUGACCAGCGGCGGCCGGAGCUGGGGAGGGGGAGGAGGUGGCGGUGGUCGAUGAUCGUCGGCUGAACAUGGAGGUUGGAAAAAAAGGGUAAGAUGGUAAAUAUUAUUAUAACUAUGGGCGGCAAAUAGUAGACUUACGGGCGGUAAAUAGUAGUUCAUUUUUUAUUUUCUUCCUCUCUGUCUCUCUUCUUUUCCCCAUUCUCUCUCGCUAGGAACUUUGAGGGAAAGAGCACGCCGCCGCUUCACCGAGGAGAGCACGCCGCCAAUUACAGUUGAAGACUUCGGCCGACAACAACGGCGACAAAGUUUUGGGUAGCAUCACUUGCAUGUGGUUAUUGGUGGCCCGAUUGAAGACGAGGAAAGCUCCCUCCAUCGUUGAGGAUCCCUCCCGGGAUUUGUGUUCUCUGUCGCCGAAGAUCCGAGCGAGGAGAAGAGAAUGGAGAGGGAGGGCAUUGGUCGGCAGCAUGCUCUACUGCCAAAGUCGUCUCCUGCUUCCUCCGCUGCCAAAGUCGUCGGCAGCUUCUUUGCCUUCUUUCUUUCCUCAUCUUCAGAUCGUCUUCUCCAGCGAGCGCCGACGAGAGAUGGGUCACUGGAAGUUGGAUCUGGGCGAAUUGAGUUCGAUCUCCUUAUCUUUUCAUCCAUCUCCAGGAGACAAUAUUGGAUUGAAGGAGACUCUCGUCUCUUAGGUCGUAGAUGAAGAUAAGGGUUGGGGGUUCUGGGGGUUGGGCUAUGAUGGAGAGUCAGAGUGGAUAGAUGUGAGGAGAUUGGGCUUAAGGAGUUGGGUUUGUGGUUGGCUGUCAAAAGCGAGAGAGAUAGAAAGGCCUUAGGGAGUUGUGGAAUUUGGACUUUGGGGGAUGAGUUGGGUUGAGUAUUGGGCUCACUUACCAUCUUUCGGUUCGAAAUUCGGAAUCUUUUCAGUUGAAAGAACCCUGGUUUCCGAAUUAUGUCUAUUCCUCUUCUAAAUUCCGAACCAAACAAUAUUAGUUUGGUUUCAUUUCGAUUCAAGUUCGGUUCGGUUCGGGUUUACCGAACAGGAUGCCCACCCUCUACUCUGCGUUGCCUUUUGUAGUGUUUUAUUUACAAAUUACAGUUUUGGUCUGAACUUAAUAGAUAUUAAUACUUAGU